AUGGUUAAUUGGAGGAAUAGUUGCUUGGUCUACUGGUAUCCAGAAUAUAUCAUCAAAACCCACUGUUGCACUGCUCUUAGACUCUGGAAUCUUGUUUUGAGAAGUGAAAAUGGUGGGAACACAGAAAGUUAUAUUUGGCAAAGCUUUGAUCAUCCUUCAGAUACACUGAUAGCUGGUAUGAAGCUGGGAUGGGACUUGAGGGUCGGUUUGGACCGGUAUUUGACAUCGUGGAAGAGCGCAGAUGACCCUUCUCCCGGAGAUAUCUCUUAUCGGUUUGAUCUUGAUGGUCUUCCACAAGGUGUUAUACGUAAGGGUUGUUUGGAUGGAUACAUUCCUAAAUCAUCGCAAGAUUGGAAUACGAUGGUUUGGAAUGGUGGGUGCGUUCGCAAAUUCCCGUCAAACUGCUCGGAUGGACAAGGAUUUUUGGCAUUCAAAGGCAUGAUCGUCCCUGAUUUGUUAGAGUUUUCGCUGAACACCAGUAUGACACUUAGAAUGUGA